AUGGCUACCAAAGAUGCCUGCGCAGAUAGCACAGCUCUACUUGACCAUCUCAAUCAAAUUAGUCACCGUCUUCAUAACAUAUUUUCGACGGUACGAAAUUUACAGCGUCCACUUCCUGACCUUCAGCAAGUUCAUAAUUUCUCAAUAAUUCCUCUCCUACAAGAAUUCCACCUCUUAGUAUGUGAAUCUAGUGGGUUACCAGACUGUGAUUCUUUUCACGAGCAAAUCGACACAGUUUAUAGUAGUUUCAGAGAUUUGACUCAACUUAUUCGGCGAUUAGUUGAAGAAGCUCGAGAGUGCAUGGUACGUGGGUCACCAGCAGAUAAAGAAGCGGUGGAGGCACUACUUAAACUAACAAUUGCAGUUAAUUUUGUUAAUGAAGAGUCUCAUUGUUCUAUCUGCACCGAGGCUUUUCAAUUGGGGGAAGAUGCACUACAGAUGCCUUGCCAUCAAGCCCACAUAUUUCAUUCUCGCUGUCUUCUUCCAUGGCUGGAAAGACGUAAUACUUGUCCCAUCUGUAGAGCGCCUUUAGUUACACCACAAAUUUCAGGUUCAGUUUCAGGUUUUCCUGUUGCAAGUGAAGAUUGUUAG